AUGGGAGGAGCUUCUUGGAUUAUCAGAAAUAGUAGUGGUGAUGUGCUCCUUCAUAGGAGAAGGUGUUUCUCUGAUAUCGAUUCCCUAGAAGCCAAGUUCCAGGCUCACCUUUUGGCCUUUGAGGGUAUGGUAUCCCAUAAGAUCAAACGGGUUCUCUUCGGUUCCAAUGCAGCAGAAUUCAUAAAUGCUUUGCAAAGACCAGGCAUGGCCCUCUUUCGCUUGGCAGGUAGAUGA